AUGGGUUCCAAGAAUCGCGUCAUGAUUCUUGCUGCCACUGUCUUGUAUCUCUCCCUGCAUUUUCCUUCUCAAACUGAGGCAGGAGCGGAAUUGGUGAGUAAGGUUUGCAAACAUAGCCAAAACUAUGAAUCCUGCGUUCAAACCCUGACGUCCGAUCCACAAACUUUGUCAGCGCCUAAUGGAAAGGCGAUUGCAGAGAAAGCCCUGGAAAUAGCAAGAAAAGAAUCGGUUGAUACAAGCGAUUUCUUUACUGGCUUGGCUCACACAAACCCUGCAUCCAAGUCAGUACUUGAGCAAUGUGCAUCCAAUUUUAAAGAGGCAGUUCAAUUCUUGAACCUCAGUGGGCUAGAAGGUGGCACGGCAAGCCUGGAUGUGCAUUAUGCUCUUGAUGAUGCUGAAUCUUGUGAAAGUGUAAUGUCUUCGGGCCGUGUUCAAAUUGAUUCAGCUGCUGCUAGAAUCCAGAAAUGGACGACUGUCUAUGAUGCUGCCCAGGCAACCGUAGUAUUUCUGGAAAAUUGA